AUGGAGAAGGACCUAGAGACCCUGAAGACCUGGAAGGAGCAUGUGCAGCAAGAGCUGGAUCGAGUGAUGGCCUUCUGGAUGAAGCACUCCCACGACCGGGAACACGGAGGCUUCUUUACUUGCUUGGACCAAGAGGGGCGGGUGUAUGAUGACCUCAAGUAUGUCUGGCUGCAGGGGCGGCAGGUGUGGAUGUAUUGUUACCUGUACCGCAAGUUUGAACGUUUCCACCUCCCUGAGCUUCUAGACGCAGCCAAAGCAGGUGGUGACUUUUUGCUGCGCCACGCCCAGGUGGCACCACCUGGGAAGAAAUGUGCCUUUGUGCUGACGAGGGACGGCCGCCCUGUUAAGGUGCAGCGCACCAUCUUCAGUGAGUGUUUCUACACCAUGGCCAUGAACGAGCUAUGGCGGAUCACAGGGGAGUCACAAUACCAGAACCUCGCUGUGUCAAUGAUGGAGCAGCUGGUGUACUGGGUUCAGAAGGACCCCACGGGGCUGGGCCAGCCUCAGUACUUGGGGACCCCUGACGCAGAGCCCCUGGCCGUGCCCAUGAUGAUGCUGUGCCUGGUAGAGCAGUUUGGGGAAUCAGAUGAGCAGAUGGCCGCCAAAUACGCAGAGCUGGGAGACUGGUGUGCCAGCAGGAUCCUUAACCAUGUCCAGAGGAAUGGCACUGCGGUACUGGAGAACGUGACUGAGGAAGGCUGUGAACUUGCUGGCUGUCUUGGGAGACACCAGAACCCAGGCCAUGCACUGGAAGCCGGCUGGUUCAUGCUCCGUUAUGCCACCCGGAAAGGUGACCCCAAGCUACUCGACCAUGUCAUCGACAAGUUCCUAUUGAAGCCCUUCCUCUCAGGAUGGGACCCCGAUCAUGAAGGCCUCUUCUACUUCAAGGAUGUCGACGGCUUCUGCCCUACCCAGCUGGAGUGGUCCAUGAAGCUCUGGUGGCCACACACUGAAGCCAUGGUCGCCUUCCUCAUGGGCUACUGUGAAACUGGGAAACAGAUCUUGCUGCGCCACUUCUGCCAGAUCGCAAAGUACACCUUCCACAAGUUCCGAGAUCGCGCGCAUGGGGAGUGGUUUGGCUACUUAAACCGCGAGGGGAAGGUGGCCCUUACCAUCAAGGGGGGACCUUUUAAAGGCUGCUUCCACGUGCCGCGGUGCUUAGCCAUGUGCGAGGAGAUGCUGGACGCCCUGCUGAGCCGCUUAGCCCCCGGCUACAAGUCCUAG